AUGAUCAAUGCGAAUCGUUCUGCCAGGUAUGGUUGCAUGAUUGUCGCCAUCGCCCAAAGCAUUCCGAUGGCAGCAGGCGUUGGCGUCGCCGCCGCCGCCUGGGAUUUACGUGGGCCAGUCCUGGAGUGGCCAGGAUUGGUGAAUACGCUCCAGAGGCUUGGGAAGCUCGCCAGGAACAGCACGGAACGCCUCGCCGCUGGUGAGGAGGUUGAGUUUGCGAGUGGGUCCUUCUCCUUGUUCCUGCCCGUGGCCAGCCUCGCUGCUGAUGCAGAGCGAGAGGGUGGGAACCCUAUCUUGCAACUUCUCACAGCCCUGAAGGCGUUCGCUCCGGCGGGUACGGAGACAGCAGAGUUUUGGGUACAAGAUAACUUUGUCCAGACGCCACCGCAGCCGCACUGGGACCACCUCGUCUGGGUGCUCAAGCAGCAGGGUCGCCUGGUCAUGCCUCUGGCGGCCUCGGUCCUCUUCCUCGGCGACCAUGGCACGCCCACAAUCGCAACAAGCAACCGCAUCCUCCCUGCCACGAGCGACUCGGACCCACUGGAGCAGAUCGACGACAAGCUUCGGUCCAUCUCGCCCGCGUCUUUGCUCGAAGCCUGGCUGCUCCUCCCUCGGCGCCGCCGCUACUUCCUCUUUGACGGCGCGCUGCUGCACGGCGUGCUCGACCCCCGCGCCUGUUGCGAGGAGCUGGCGGGGCGCGGCACCUCCACCUCCCAGGAGCGCCGCGUCACGUUCCUGGUCAACUGGAUCGGCAGCAGCUCCCGGCCGACCGCGCCGGCCUCGUCCUUCCCCCUGGCGCGGCGCCUCGUACGGCGGCGGUGA